UGAGGGACAGGGCGCAUGAGCGCCCACUGUCACACUCAGGGCGGCGCAUGCUCGGCGUCCCCUGUCUCUCCCUCCCUCCGCUACGCAUGCGCCGAAGAGAGCGAAAGAGGCGCCUGCGUACUGCGGAGGGGGGAACUCUGCGGCGGGAGUGCGAGCGCAUGCGCACAAGCUGUUGGGGGGGGAAGGCGCCUGCGCAGUGAGUGGCUCCGCGGGCGCCUCCGCGCCUGCGCCGCAGGCACCGAGGCGACAUGGAGGCGGAAGCGCCGGCCGGGCCGGGGUGGGCGCGCGGCCAUUUCCCAAAAUGGCGGCGGCGGCGGCGCUGCAGGGGCUGCUGGUCCCGCACCUGCUCCCCGAGCGCUGCUACGACGAGCUGUUCCUGCGCUUCAACCUGCUGCACGUUCCCUGCCUGAAGAUCCUGGUCAGCAAAGGGCUGGGAAUCGCCAUCGUUGCGGGGUCGCUGAUGGCGCUUGGGGCGAGGCGCUCUUCCUCAUGCUCCAAACGGUCACCAUCGGCUUCCUGACCCAGCACUUCGGGGGACGCACCGCGCAGGGUAUCUCCUUCCUGGUGCUGUAUUUCGCUCUGCUCUGCCUGUUGCUCUCCCCCCUCACCCCCCAGGCCAUGGUCACCCUCCUGCAAGCCACCAAUGUGCCCGCCAUCAUCAUCAGCCGGCUACUACAAGCGGCCACCAACUACCGCAAUGGGCACACGGGGCAGCUGUCGGCCGUCACCGUCUUCCUCCUCUUCGGCGGCUCGCUGGCCCGGAUCUUCACCUCCGUACAGGAGACGGGCGACCCCCUGAUGGCUCUGACCUACGUGGUCUCCUCCCUCUGCAACGGCGUCAUCGCGGGCCAGCUGCUGUAUUAUUGGCAGGUGCCAGCCGGCGUGGAGGCUAGGAAGAAGCGGGAAUAGGGGGGGGGACGGACCCCCCGACUCUGACCACGGCCCCCCCACUGCCAUCUGAGCCGUAUCGAGGUGCGGGUCAAGGGAACCCACUCAGCCCUGCCCUCCCUCAGCCCAGACUAACCCCCAUCUCCCCAGCUGGGCUCUGGCAGGGUGGGGGGAGCUGUGGGGGGGAAGGGCAGGUCUCUACCCCCCACCCGGCCGGUGAAGUAAUUAAACACUGAUUUGCCAUGA